CCCACCGCUUUUGACAGAGCUCGACGUUUUUUGUGCAGUCAUAACACAUUGCUCUCCAAAAUGAAAUGUAAUAGGAAUUUACCAGUGGUUCUUACCGUUUUCUAUACAUCCAUUGGCUUUUAUGUCUGUGCAAGGAUGGAAGCCAUUAUGACAAAAAUUGAGUGUCCCAAUCAUUCACCAGAAAUUGUCCAGAACCUUAGCUGCCAUUUACAUAAGAAAUCACCAAGUUCCGGAUCAAAAUCAUAUUCCGCUGAUUUUUCCUUAAGAAACGACGCAAAUGACAUCAGAGGAGUUUACGUAUUUUCUUUCAAGCAAGGCUCAGCCAUAAUCAACUAUACUGCAUCGGAAAUGGACUAUUGUCAGGCAUUAGCAGCUCUACACUCACACUUUUUGUAUAAGAUGAUUGCCGAUGAGCUGCGACGAGUUUCGAAUUUUCCACUGCAAUGUCCAUUUAAAAUGAACAAAAGGUAUUUUAUUAAUGAAUUUACCAUCAACUCAAAGCUAAUACCCAGCUAUGCGCCGGAAAUGAGUUUUACUUCGGACUGCAACAUAUACAUUAAGAAACGAAGAGCAAUACAAUUAACCAUCCAUGGUCGUGUAGUUCGCCGCUGA